AUGGACGACUCGAUGGUAGACUCCGUCUUUGAGGACGAUGGCUCUGAUUACGUGCCAGAGGUGGCGACGAAGUCGAAAGCGAAAGCAUCGAAGCCGGCUGCCGGCAAACGAGGCCCCAAGAAGUUGACGCAGACCACGCUCAAUGUCAAACCUGUUUCUAAGAAGCGCGCAAAACCUGAUCCUGAGGACGAAGAACCCGAUGACGACGAUGACGACGUCGUCGAUGAUUCGGUGCUCUCGAGCACCCCUCCGAAUGCGAAGAAGGCGAAGAAGGCCCCCGGUCCCAAAAAGGGCGGUUCCAAACCUCUCGCAAACGUCUCCAACGAGUCGGUUGGAGCGGACGGUGCGGAUGAGCCCGCACCCUCGAAAUCAUCCGGAGCUGCAGACAAAUACCAGAAGCUCACCCAAUUAGAACACAUUAUCAAACGUCCAGAUACGUAUAUUGGCUCCACUGAGGCCACCACGACGCAGAUGUGGGUGUUCAACUCGGCGACCGAAUCCAUGGAGUAUCGUGAAGUCACCUACGUCCCUGGUUUGUACAAAAUCUUCGACGAAAUCGUCGUCAAUGCGGCGGACAACAAGCAAAACGACCCCAAUAUGGAUGAGAUCAGAAUCACCAUCGACCGGGAGUCCGGAGAGAUCAGUGUCUGGAACAAUGGUCGCGGUAUUCCGGUUGAGAUUCACUCAAAAGAAAAAAUCUACGUUCCCGAACUGAUUUUCGGUCACCUGUUGACCUCGUCAAACUAUGACGACACGCAGCAGAAAGUCACCGGUGGUCGAAACGGUUUUGGUGCCAAACUCUGUAACGUCUUCUCCACCGAGUUCACAAUCGAAACGUACGAUUCGCGCCAGGGGAAGAAGUACAAGCAGACAUGGACGGACAAUAUGAGUAAGAUGGGCAAGGCCAAGAUCACCGAAUGCAAAGGUGAAGAUUACACGAAAGUGACCUUUAAGCCCGACUAUGCCAAGUUUGGCAUGACUGGCAUGGAUGAUGAUUUCGAGGCUCUGGUCAAGCGACGCGUCUACGACUUGGCCGGAACCACCAAGGUGGCGGUCAAAUUGAACGGAACCCGGAUUCCUGUGCGCAACUUCAAGAAGUACAUGGAGAUGUAUACCAAGGCUAUCAAGAACGAACGGGGCGAAGAAGCAGCCAAUGACAAAAGCGAGAUCGUGACAACCAGCCCGGACCCGCGUUGGGAAAUCGGCUUCGCUGUGUCUGAUGGCUCCUUCCAGCAGGUGUCGUUUGUCAACUCGAUUGCGACAACCUCUGGUGGAACCCACGUCAACUAUAUCGCUGACCAGAUCUGUAACCGUCUGGCUGAAGUAGUGAAAAAGAAGAACAAAAAUGGAGCAACCUUGAAAACGUCGCAGAUCCGGAACCAUAUCUUCCUGUUCAUCAACUGUUUGAUCGUCAACCCGGCGUUCAACUCUCAGACCAAGGAACAAUUGACGACAAAGCCAAGCCAGUUUGGCAGCAAAUGCCAGCUUGACGAGGAUUUCUACAAGAAAAUCUUGAAGACGGAGGUCAUGACGAACAUUCUCCACUUUGCAGAGAAGAAGGCCGAUCAAAUCUUAAAGAAGUCAGACGGCAACCGACGAUCUCGCAUGAACAAUCCCAAGCUGACGGACGCCAACAAGGCUGGAACGAAGGAAGGCCAUCAUUGUACUCUCAUCCUGACGGAAGGUGAUUCUGCCAAGGGUUUGGCCAUGGCCGGUCGUGCCGUUGUUGGCCCUGACUUGUUCGGAGUGUUCCCCCUCCGAGGAAAGCUUCUCAACGUUCGGGACGCGUCGAUUGAUCAGAUUUCCAAGAAUCAGGAAAUCCAGAAUAUAAAGAACUUCCUUGGUCUUCAGCAUAAAAAGGAAUAUACAGACACUAAAGGCUUGCGAUAUGGUCACCUCAUGAUCAUGACCGAUCAGGAUCACGAUGGAAGCCAUAUCAAGGGUCUGUUGAUCAACUUCCUUCAGUGCCAAUUCCCUAGCUUGUUGAAGAUUCCGGAGUUCUUGAUCGAGUUCAUCACGCCAAUUGUCAAGGUCUGGAAGGGCGAUCCCAAGAACCCGACCAAAUCCAUCUCCUUUUUCACCAUGCCCGAGUACGAAGCGUGGAAGGAGGCACACAAGCACGAACGCGGUUGGCAGCACAAGUACUACAAGGGUCUGGGUACCAGUACCACGGAAGAUGCGCAGAUCUACUUCAGAGACCUUGAUAAGCACCUGAAGGAGUUCCACACCAUGCAGGACCAUGAGGCAGAGUUGAUCGACCUGGCUUUCUCCAAGAAGAAAGCCGACGAGCGUAAGGAAUGGCUGCGCCAAUUCAAGCCCGGAACGUACCUCGAUCACUCCGCCAAGAAGAUCACCUACUCCGAUUUCAUCAACAAGGAACUCAUCCUUUUCAGCAUUGCCGACAACCAGAGAUCUAUUCCGUCGGUGGUCGAUGGCCUGAAACCCGGUCAACGUAAGGUUCUUUAUACCUGCUUCCGGCGCAAUAUCAGGAAGGACAUCAAGGUCGUUGAGUUGGCGGGUCACGUGUCUGGAAUGACGGCGUAUCAGCAUGGCGAUGCCUCGUUGCAGCAAACCAUCGUCGGUCUCGCGCAGACUUUCGUGGGCUCCAACAACGUGAACUGCCUGGAACCCAGUGGUAACUUCGGUAGUCGUCUUCAAGGAGGAUCCGAUUGCGCUAGUGCUCGUUACAUUUAUACACGGCUGUCGCCCUUCGCCAGGAAGAUCUUCCACCCGGCCGAUGAGCCACUGCUCACUUACAAUGAAGAUGACGGAGAGAAGAUUGAGCCUGAAGUCUAUGUACCAGUGGUGCCGAUGAUUCUGAUCAAUGGUGCCGAUGGUAUUGGCACUGGCUGGAGUUCUUCCAUUCCUAACUACAAUCCGGAGGACAUUGUUGCCAACCUGAAGCGAAUGAUGGACGGGCAGCCCAUCGAACCCAUGCAACCGUGGUUCCGCGGUUUUACCGGUGAGGUUACACCUCUGGGCCCCGAUCGAUUCAAAUUCAGCGGCAUCAUCAAGCAAACCGGCGAUACGGAAGUGGAAAUCACCGAGCUUCCCAUCCGGAUGUGGACGCAGGACUUCAAAGACCGGCUGGAAGAAAUCAUCAAGGCCGAGAAGGCGCCGUCGUUCAUCAAGGAUUACAAGGACUACAACACCCAUACCAAAGUCCAUUUCGUCAUCCAGAUGGAUGAAAAACACAUGAAGGCCGCUCUGGAGGAGGGCUUGGAAGAGAAGUUCAAGUUGUCGAAGACCAUCGCAACCACGAACCUGGUAGCUUUCGAUCCUGAGGGUCGAAUCACCAAGUACAAUACGGUCGACGACAUCCUCAAGGAAUUCUAUGCCGUCCGAAUCAAGUUUUAUGAAAAGCGGAAGCAAUACCAAUUGAACGAACUCCAAAAGGACUUAGAUAAACUCACCAACCAAGCUCGCUUCGUCCAAAUGAUCAUUGAUGGGAAAUUGGUCAUUUCGAAGAAAAAGAAAUCGGUUCUCAUUGCCGAAUUGAAGGAGAAAGGAUUCAAGCCUAUCCCCAAGGUCAUCGAGGCAGUCAAGGCGGGUGAAACUGAGCCCACUGUUGACGAGGAAGAAGAGAGUUUGGAAGAGACCGAGGCAGCCUCAGACGCAUAUGACUAUUUGCUUGGGAUGCCGCUGUGGUCUUUGACGCAAGAACGCGUAGAGAAACUCCGUCGCCAAAUCGGCGAGAAAGAAACGGAAAUCGAUAACCUGAUCAAGCUUUCCAAGGAGGAUAUCUGGAAGAAGGACCUUGAUGAUUUCCUGGCUGAGUGGCGAUUCCAGCUCGAAGAAGAGGAACGACGUGAGAAGAAAGUUGCGAGCAUGGGUCGCCGUGCAUCAUCCAAGCUCAUGACAGGCGGUGGCCGUGCUCCAGCCGCCAAGAAACGCAAGGCUCUUGGUGAUGACCCAGAUGACGAAGACUACGCGGCUCCGAAGAGCAAAAAGUCCGCGACCGUGAAAAAGGUCCAGCCCAAGGGAGGUCUUCUAGAUUACCUGAACAAGUCCUCUGAGAAGCCGGUUAAGAAGGCUCCCCAUGAUGGCGCAGACGAUCCAGAUGAUGAUAAUGAUGACGAUGACGACGAUGACUUCGAAGCCGAGAUCCUGCCAAAGAAGAAUCGUGGGGCGCCGAAAGCGAAAGAAGAGCCGAAGAAAGAGAGAGAGGAGUCCGAUGAAGAUGUCGUCGAGGUGUCGGCUGUCAAGGCAGAACCGAAAGCCGAGUCGCAAGGACGGGCAAAUCGUAAACCUGUCAAGUACGCUGAAUCAAGCGACUCGGACAGCGAUAAUGGUGAUGCCUUGCUUGAUGACGUGAGCAAAAUGGUCAAGGGCAUUGGAGAUGGGAAAUCCGCCUCGGAUACGAGGACUCUCUUCUCUGAGCGUUCCAGACCUGGCAGUAGUUCCGGACUCAAGACCACCGCGAAGCCAUCUAAGGCCACUAGCGACUUCGAUCCGGACGACACAGACUACAGCAAGCUCGUUCCUUCGCAGACACCCCGUCGAUCUCUACAAGUAAAGUCCAAGGAUGUGAAGGCUGCAGAUGAUGACGAUGGUCAAGAUCGAGAGUCUGCUAAACCAGAGGCGCCCAAGUCCAAGGCGGCCACAAAGGCGAAGCCGACAGCUGCCAGCACGGCUAAGUCUGGUACCGGCAAACCUCGUGGCCGUCCCAAGAAAGACGCCACGAAGGAGGCUCCUGCUGCGGCCGCGAAGAAGACCCAAUCUGCCCCCGCUGCAAAGGGGAAGGCAAAGAAGAAGCUUGCAGAUGACCUCUCUGACGACGAUAUUGAUGCGAUGGCAAACGACAUCCUUGACUCGCCCGCGGCAGACAAGUCUGAUGACGACGACGCGCCUCCGGCUCGGUCUAGACCUGCCCGGCGUGCCGCUGCCACGGCCAAGAAGCCCACCUACGUGAUUGACGAUGACAGUGAGAUGAGUGAACCCGCUGAUGAGGAUUCGGGAGAUGAUUUCGAAGAAUCCGAAUAG